AUGCCAUUCUCUUCUUCACUGCCACCAUCGUAUGGAUUCACGGACAAGAAUACGUUACUCAAUACUACUUCUACUCAUACUGCUACUACUACUACUACUAAUACUACUACUACUACUACUACUACUACUACUACUACUACUACUACUACUACUACUACUAAUACUACUACUACUACUACUACUACUACUACUACUACUACUACUACUACUACUACUACUAAUGCCAGUAUUACCACUCAUACUGCCACCAUGCCGACUACUGCACGACACAAGAAUUAUGCAUAUCAUGACCAUGUUGAUGUUCUACCGCAGAUAAACGGAAAUGAUAGUGCUUACCAACAAAAUUACCGUGAUCUACAGUAUGAAAGCUUAGAAAUAAAAGAUUAUCAAGUUGAAGAAGCUUUAGACGAUGAUGAUUAUCAAUACAUUGCAAAAAUGUUGAACAGUAGCGAGGCUGGCGACAUUCCGAGUAGUUCUGAGGAUGUCUUCACUGACUCUGAUAACUCUGAUGCUGAUAACUCUGAUGACGAUAACUCUGAAGAUGAUAAUAAUAAUAAUGAUGAUAAUAAUAAUAAUAAUAGUAAUAAUAAUGAUGAUGAUGAUGAUUUUACUGAUGACAGUUACUGGCUUCAUACUGAAUCCUAG